AUGCUCUUCCGUACUGCGGUCCGCCAGGCUGCGCCUCUGCGGCGCCAGACCUUUACCCCUCUGACCCGCCGCUCCGUCACCACCGACGCGGCCUCGUCGCAUGCCGAAGACAUCCCGAAGGAGGAUGACAAGCCGUUCACCGUCCGCCUCUCCGACGAGAGCUUCGAGACCUACGAGCUCGACCCGCCCCCGUACACCCUGGAGACGACCAAGAGCGAGCUGAAGCAGAUGUACCAUGACAUGGUCUCGGUCAGACGUAUGGAGAUGGCCGCCGACCGGCUCUACAAGGAGAAGAAGAUCCGUGGUUUCUGCCACUUGUCGACCGGCCAGGAAGCCGUCGCAGUUGGCAUUGAGCACGCCAUCAACCGUAAGGACAAGGUCAUCACCGCCUACCGGUGCCACGGUUUCGCCCUGAUGCGCGGUGGCACUGUCCGGUCCAUCAUUGGUGAGCUCCUGGGCCGCCGCGAUGGUAUCGCCUACGGCAAGGGUGGCUCGAUGCACAUGUUCGCCGAGAACUUCUACGGUGGCAACGGUAUCGUCGGAGCCCAGGUGCCUGUCGGUGCCGGUCUGGCCUUUGCCCAGCACUACAACGAGGAGCCCAAUACCAGCAUUGUCUUGUACGGUGACGGUGCCGCCAACCAGGGUCAGGUGUUCGAGUCGUUCAACAUGGCCAAGCUGUGGAACCUCCCCGCUCUGUUCGGCUGCGAAAACAACAAGUACGGCAUGGGUACCUCCGCCUCCCGCUCCUCCGCCCUGACCGAGUACUACAAGCGUGGCCAGUACAUUCCCGGUCUCAAGGUGAACGCCAUGGACGUCCUGGCCACCAAGGCGGCCGUGCAGUACGGCAAGAACUACGCCAUUUCGGGCAACGGCCCGCUGGUCUUCGAGUACGUGACCUACCGCUACGGUGGUCACUCCAUGUCCGACCCCGGUACCACCUACCGUAGCCGUGAGGAAAUCCAGCGCAUGCGCAGCACCAACGACCCCAUUGCCGGCCUGAAGCAGAAGAUGCUCGAGUGGGGUGUCACCUCCGAGGAUGAGCUCAAGGCCAUUGACAAGGCCGCCCGCACCCACGUCGACGAGGAAGUCGCCAUCGCUGAGAACAUGGCCGUCCCUGACAACAACAGCCGCAUCCUGUACGAGGACAUCUACGUCCGUGGUUCCGAGCCCCGCUGGAUGCGUGGCCGUACCGUCGAUGAGACCUUCUACUACUAG